AUUUUGAAUGAAAGCUUAUUGAUAAGGAACGAUUUGAUGGGUAAGAAGAAGAAGCCUCAAAAAACCAAGCAACUUUCAGUAGCAAUAGCUGAGGCUUCAUCAGCAGGAGAAGAAGCAAAACAACAAUCUCAGCUUCAGACUCCUAGAAAGAGAGGCAGACCACGGAAGAUUGUUGAGAGAACCGAAAGUGAAGAAGAGGAAGCAGCUGAAGUUACCGAGAGUCGAUCAAAGAAACUAAAAACUACCGAGGAACAACAGAGAGAUGAUGAAGAAGAGCCGCAACAAGAGCAAAAUCCACAGGCAAAGGCAGAGGCAUCAUCAGCUUCGAUGAAGAAAGGAGAGGGACAAGCAGUAUCACCAAAGGAGCCUCCAACAAAGAGAACAAGAAGAAAAAGCAAACCCAGAAAGAGCAGCUAAAAUUGCUUCAGUUUGCCUUAAUGAAGUCUGGAUGAAGAUGAAAUUUCCAGGUUUCAUGUUGAAAGCUUCUUGGUUUCAUCAAAUUUAUUGCUCUAUUCACCUGUUCCAAAUGUGGACACAGAACAGCACUAUGCAAAAGGCCUUGCUUUUAUUUUUUUUCUUUUC